AUGGACAUGUGUCUAUUUUAAGCUAAUGAAAGAGAUUUGGAAAAUCUUUUCAUUAAAUAUGGAAAAAUCCGUGAAAUUAAAAUAAAAUCAAAAGGGGCCAAUAAUUAUGGGUUUAUAGAAUUCGAGGAUUAAAGAGAUGCUAAAGAUGCUUUAGAAGAAUGCAAUAAUUUAGAAUUUAAAGGAAAAUAAUUAAGAAUAGAAUUUGGUCAUGGAGGAAGAAGAAAAAGAUUAUAAAAUUGUUAUUAUUGUGGGAGAAAUAAUCAUAACAUGAAAGAUUGCAGAAAAAAAUACGGAGAUGGAAAACCUAAGUGCUAUAAAUGUGGAUCAAUAAAUCAUAAAUUUAAAGAUUGCAGAAAAAGAAGUAGAACAAGAUCAGAAAGUAGAAGAAAACAAAGAUAUUCACGAUCUAAUUCAAGAAAAGUAAAUAAAAGAUACGAUGAUAGAAAUAAAAGAAAUUCACGUUCUAUUCAGUCUGAUAAAAGAGUAAAAGAUUAAAAAUCAAAUGAAAGAUAUAGAAGAAGAGAUGAUAGUAGUAGAAGAGAUUAUAAUAGAAGAAGAGAUGUUAGCAGAAGAAGAGAUGAUAGUAGAAGAAGAGAUUAUUAUAGAAGAAAAGAUAAUAGUUCGAUAAGAGAUGAUAGUAGAAAAAGAGAUUCAAGUAGAAAAAGAGAUUCAAGCCGAAGAAGAGAUAAUAGUAGAAGAAGGAAAAGCUAAAUCAGUAUGGCUAAAGCAUUCGGAUGUUCAACUGAAGGAAAAAUCGAAGUAAAAGAUAUUAUCUCUGAAUGUGAAUGUGCAGAUAAAUCAACAUGUGUAUGGACUACAGGAAGAAGACCUGUAAUGGGAUGCCCUUGUCCUGUAAAACCCUCUUCUAAUACAAAUUAUGAUGCGGUAUUAUCAGCUGAAAUUUUAGGUUGCAGUGACAAAAAGAUAGAAAUAAAUAAAAAUUUUGGAUAAUGUGAAUGUGCUGGCGGUAAGGGAUAAUGUAUUUUUUCAGGAAGAAAAGCGAUUGCAGGAUGUCCAUGUCCAGGAGGAAGAUUACCUGUAGAUAGUGAUUUUGUAGAAGUAUAACCUGUAAGUCAUAAAAAGAAGAAAAAAACUAAAAAAAAUGCUGAUUUAUGA